AAAGACCAAGAUGGCGUCACCCGGGGCUAGUUCCCAGGAAGAGAGAGGGGACUGUGUGAUGGGGAGAGAAAAUCCUAACCCUGAGCUGGGCAUGAACCCAGUUGACAGUCCUGCAGAGCAUGAAGCUGAACAGAACAAUCAUGGAGAGGACGACGAGGUGCUUGAGAGAGCCCUGAAAGAAGCCCAAAGGUUGGGAAGUCAUAAGGAUCCUGGGAUUAAAGUCCCUUCAGACGUCAGUGGUCCGCUGCUUGAGAUGUUCCUGCUGAUCAGUGGGAGUCACAUUCCUAUCAGGAGCCAGCAGAAGGGGGAUCCUGACUUUAGCCAGGAGCAGAAGAUGGCCAUGCUACUUGAACUGUAUGACUCAAAACCUCUCGUGUUCCUUGAACGUUUCUGCAAGGUUCUGACUGAGGAACACUUACAGUGCUUCAGCCAUCUUAAAGGAGACUACACCGCUGAAUUCUACUGUAAGGAGGUCCGCAAGGCUUCUCUUAAGAGGCUGGAUCACACCCGAAUCCGAAACAAGAGGUACGCCGCUCUUCAGAAGCUUAUAACAGUGGGGGAAUAUUUCAGCGAUGAGCAGAUGCGGGAGCGAGACCCUCUCAUGUACGAGCACUAUAUCGGCCAGUAUCAGAGCGAGGAGGAGAUCAUGUCCCAGAACAGGAAGGACAUGUCACAGGCCACCUGCCUGUCCGAUGUUCUUCUCGACUCCUGCCAGGAGGAGGCACUGCAGAGGAGGCUUGAAGCCCAGAGGCAGCUGGAAGACGAUUGUAUGGAGGAGGAGGAAGAUGAAGAGGAGGAGGAGGAUGAGAAGGAAGGGCCAGAGCUUCAGUCAGAUGGAGAGCAAGCCAUGGACAGUGAGGAGAGAGCUCUCAUGAGAGAAGAAUUCAUCAGUCGCAUGCACCAGAGAUUCCUGGAUGGAAUGGAUCGAGACUUUGACUAUAGUGAAGUUGAUGAGAACCCAGAUUUUGAUAACCUGGAUAUUGUCACACAUGAUGAGGAAGAGCGAUACUUUGAUGAUGAUGAUAAUGAUGAUGAUGAUGAUGAAAUGGAAGCCACAGAAAGCGAGGUGGAAGAAAAGGGGGUAAAAGAGUGACAAAUUAGUCCUCCUCACCUGUUCCUUUCACAUUGUGCUCUGAACAUGGCGUAGUGUGCCCGCCACGCCAUUAUUCUUCCCGGAGUCAUCCAGCGGCUGUUCUACCAAGUGUUUGCAAACUGAGACCACUCGGUGAGCGUUUAUCCUUACCUGCCCUGUCUGAGUGCUUUACAGACCAUGUCCACUAGAGGUCAGCAGGGUCCCAAAAAUCAAAAGUUCAUUCACUGGAAAUGCAUCUGACGCAAAAAUAAAGACUAUCUAAUGGCUGCAGAUAUAGGGUGUAACAUGGACACCACAAAAUCCUUCUCAAAAUGUGACACAUAAGCUAGCGUCAUGGAGCAGGAGGUAUUUGUCCCCUAAUAAUUCUAUAAUUCUAUAGAAAGACAAUGUGUGCGCCAGCGUUCUACAUUAGAACUGUGACAGGUUGAUCAGAGCGUUUUCCUAAAUCUAGUGUCACUGGCGGCCUUCAAGCCAUGCGGCUUGUGACGUGAAUACGUUGAGCAUCCCUCUCCACCAUGUUUCACAGCAUAGUCUGUUUACACUCGGGUUUCUUAUUUUUAAUAAACAGCCAGCUGUAGUGAAUUUAACAUGCAGGAUAAAGUCGCCAAGCUGUAUCUAUAGCGAGUUGGAGGAUUUUUCUGCUCAUUUUCCCAGUGUCUCUUGCUUACUGUUUACUGACCCCAGAGUAUAUUGAAUCUUGCCGAUAAGCUCCGAUAUUUGUCAUUAUCUAGUUUGAGCUCAUUUUCCAUCCAUUACAUUUCUUGAGGAACAUGUGGAGUCACUUGUAACGUAAUGAUUGAAUGGCGCCUGACAUUGAAUAGGCAUCUUUCACACAAAAUAACCACACUUUCCCAUGAGCCUCUGCAACAAAAUGGCUCCUGUGUGCUGGUUUUGCAGACACUUUCCGCAGGAUUGUAAGAAUAGAAGUUUGUUU